GGCUUGAGAUGAGCGUACUACUGCCCAAUAUGGCGGACUUCGACACUAUCUAUGAGCUGGAGGAGGAGGAGGAGGAGGAGUCGUCCGAGCCUGUGGUGCGGAGCCAGGAGCUGCCUCGGCCCCGCGACGCGCCGGAUCCUGUAGCGGUACGGGGCGCCGGGCACAUCACCGUGUUUGGCUUGAGCAACAAGUUUGAUACAGAAUUUCCCUCUGUUCUGACAGGGAAGGUUGCCCCAGAAGAAUUCAAGACCAGCAUCGGUCGCGUGAAUGCCUGUUUAAGAAAGAAUCUCCCUGUCAAUGUAAAAUGGCUGCUUUGUGGCUGUCUCUGCUGCUGCUGCACGCUGGGCUGUAGCCUGUGGCCUGUAGUCUGUCUUAACAAAAGAACUAGAAGAUCAAUUCAGAAGUUAUUAGAAUGGGAAAAUAACAGACUGUAUCAUAAGCUUGGUUUGCACUGGAAGCUGAGUAAAAGGAAAUGUGAAACUAGCAAUAUGAUGGAAUAUGUAAUAUUAAUAGAGUUCUUACCAAAAUAUCCCAUAUUUCGACCUGACUGAAGAACAGCAUUUGGGUCUUUCCUGUUUCCUGUAAUUUUCUACCCUUAGUGCCUUGUAGAUGAUUUUGGAAAGAAGAUGGUCUACUUCGCUGUGAUUUAAAAACAUUCUUCAGUAGAGUAUCUUCCUCGCUAUGUUACUUUCUUUUGUUAAGAAGAGAACAAUUUGCACAUUUUUUUUUUAAUAUUACAUGAGGCUUCUAUGUUGCACUCUGAAUUUUUACCAUUAAGAACUGAUAGAGUUGCCACUAGGGAUCUAACAUCAGUGCUGCUUAAACUUGUUCUGAGCAUGCUGCCUUAUUAAUUUCUCUGUUUGCUGUCCUCCAACAUGCAGCCUAAUGCCAUGUCGUACUAUAAUUCAUUCUAAAUGUUGCAAGCCAAGAAACCCUCAAGUAGAAACAUCCAGGUAAGCAUCUGGUAGUGAUGAUUUUAGUCUUAACUUGCUCGCAUAGGACCUGCAAUCAAACAGCACUGGUUUUGUCCUGCACUUUGCAAAUUCAUCAUUUGACAUGAGGGGGUUAAUUAUUUUACCCACCAUGGAUUUGUAAAUAUUGACUCUUCGCAUAAUGUAAAGUGUGGUAUGCCAAGGUUUACAGAAUGUAAUAUAGCUCUUGUUCUAUUGCCAACGGUCCCACCUCGUUCUCCUCAUCCCAUUUGCUGUUACCCCUCUGAUUGUAUAGACCCAUCCACACGCUGGUUUCAUGGUAAAGCCAUCCAAGUCUGUACAUACUAUCGGAUGUCUAGGGCUCAGUUGCACUUUGUUUAGUAAAUGGAUGAAAAAUGCAUAGCAUUUCUGUCGUCUUUUGGGUUUAAAGCAUUUCAGGUGUGGUUUGUAGCACCUGAGACAGGAACUUUUAAAUGCUGUUGAAUUCGUGGGGGAGAUGGUGGCUGCUAUUAACAAAAUGCUUUAAAGCCUCUUGUUAAUUAAUGAUAGAUGGAUGUCAAGUUCUGUUUUUAGGUAAAGAAAAAAUGUUUCCUAGUUGGAGAUCUUCAUUAUUACUAAGGAGAAAUAUGUGGACCAACCAAAUCAAAGCUGAAGUAACACUUUUGAUAUUUUUAAAGUGUGAUCAUGCUUCAGCAUUUUAACAUUUGAGUGACAGGGCAUCCUCUUCAGUGGAAAUAAAUCUUACCUAAAUCAGAGCCCUGUUUCAAGAUAUGCUGGUAAGUGGCUCAGUUGAAAGGGUUCAUGCAAUGUGUUUUGGCAUCCAGGCACAGUCUGAAGAUCCACAAAUGCUUCAUGGAAUUCACAAGUAUUUUUGGAUUCUUCCCCAUUUGCCUGAUCUCAGGAAACAGGAAAACUUCCUGUUGUGGCUGGCUGAAGCGGGGCCACUUGCUAAUAGUAAGCAAAUGGUAGUUGAUGCAAGUUCUCUCCCUUUCCUAACUAGAAAUUAGAAAUCAAAUUAAAAAGAGCAGAUGUCUGACUGUCUGCAAGCUGUGAUCAGCAGCAUCCUAAGUGACCAGGCAUUUCUUUGCAAAAACUUGACACCUUGUGACAUCGUCCCAAG